UGCAGACGGAGCAGGCAUGGCGAGCACCGAGGCUAAAAGGGAGUGUGAGACAGAGGGCUGCAGUAAGGACGCCAAACUUCAGUGCCCCACAUGUAUCAAGCUUGGUAUUCAAGGUUCCUAUUUCUGCUCGCAGGAAUGUUUUAAAGGAAGCUGGGCAUCUCACAAGUUGCUGCACAAAAAAGCAAAGGAAGAGAAGAACCAAAAUGAAUCUAAGAACUGUGUGGAGAAGGAGAUCAACACAGACCCAUGGCCAGGGUACCGCUACACAGGAAAACUACGCCCUCACUACCCUCUGACUCCCAUGAGACCUGUGCCAGGUGACAUCCAAAGACCUGACUAUGCUGAUCAUCCCAGAGGGAUGUCUGAGUCCGAGCAGUUCUUGAAGGGGACGUCACAGAUCAAGACUCUUUACCCCGAGGACAUUGAGGGCAUGAGAGUUGUAUGCAAGCUGGCAAGAGAAGUUCUGGACAUUGCAGCCGUGAUGGUGAAACCAGGCGUUACAACAGAAGAAAUUGACCACGCCGUACAUCUGGCCUGUUUAGCAAGGAACUGCUACCCCUCCCCUCUCAACUACUACAAUUUUCCCAAAUCCUGCUGCACAUCUGUUAACGAAGUCAUCUGCCAUGGCAUCCCAGACAGAAGACCCCUGCAAGAAGGAGAUAUCCUCAAUGUGGACAUCACUGUGUACCACAAUGGUUUCCAUGGCGACCUCAACGAAACCUUCUUUGUUGGAGAGGUGGACGAAGGAGCAAAGAAACUGGUUCAGACUACGUAUGAAUGCCUUAUGCAAGCCAUUGAUUCUGUGAAGCCUGGCAUUCGCUACAGAGAGCUGGGUAACAUCAUCCAGAAGCACGCUCAGGCCAACGGCUUCUCCGUGGUGCGCAGCUACUGCGGCCACGGCAUCCACAGACUUUUCCACACGGCUCCCAAUGUGCCGCACUAUGCCAAAAACAAAGCAGUUGGUGUUAUGAAGCCUGGCCAUGUGUUCACCAUUGAGCCCAUGAUAUGUGAAGGUGGCUGGCAAGAUGAGACGUGGCCAGACGGCUGGACGGCGGUGACCAGAGAUGGGAAGCGCUCGGCUCAGUUCGAACACACCCUGCUGGUGACGGAAACUGGCUGCGAGAUCCUCACCCGCCGCCUGGAAGACAACGGACGCGCUCAUUUCCUCAGCCAAAUGUAGACCGGACAGAAACGCACCAAGGACUGGACU